GCGCUGAGCGGGCAGGCGGCGAGGGCCCGGGGCUCAGGCCACUCGGGCCGGGUCGCAGGAUCGUCCUCCAUCGCCGCCGCUGCCACCGCACUGGGAGUCGGCGGGGAUGGAGCGGGAGGCGUCGCCGUGGGGCCUCGAGUCCCGGGAUGUACACAGUCCAGACGAAACGGGGAGCGUCGAAGGGUCCCUCAAAGGCAACAUAAGUGACAAUGAGGAAGAAGAAAUUUCUCAGCAAGAAGGCCCUGGGGACUAUGAGGUUGAAGAGAUACCUUUUGGACUUGAACCCCAAAGUCCAGAGUUUGAACCCCAAAGCCCCAGGUUUGAGCCUGAAAGCCCUGGUUUUGACUCUCAAAGCCCUAGGUUUGUGCCCCCGAGCCCUGAGUUUGCACCCAGAAGCCCUGAAUCAGAUUCUCAGAGCCCUGAGUUUGAACCCCAGAGUCCCAGGUUUGAACCCCAAAGCCCUGGGUAUGAACCCAAGAGCCCAGGAUAUACACCCCGGAGCCCUGGGUAUGAACCCAAGAGCCCUGGGUAUGAACCCCAGAGCCCUGGAUAUGAAUCCCAGAGUACAGGGUAUGAACUCCGGAACCCUGAAUCUGAAACCCAGAAUGCUGAGUUGAAAACCCAGAAUCCCAAAUUUGAAGCUCGAAGUUCCAAAUUCCAGGAAGGUGCAGAGAUGCUUCUGAAUCCUGAAGAAAAGAAUUCAUUGAGUAUCCCCUUGGGAGUCCACCCCCUGGACUCCUUCACCCAGGGGUUUGGGCAACAGCCUACAGGGGGCCUGCCCCUAGGGCCGCCUUUUGAGAUGCCCACAGGCACUCUACUGGCUACACCCCAGUUUGAGAUGCUUCAGAAUCCCCUGGGCCUGACAGGAGCCCUCCGGGGUCCAGGCCGGCGGGGUGGUAGGGCAAGGGCUGGGCAAGGCCCUCGGCCUAACAUCUGUGGCAUCUGCGGGAAGAGCUUUGGGCGGGGCUCCACCCUGAUCCAGCACCAGCGAAUUCAUACAGGUGAGAAGCCGUAUAAAUGUGAGGUCUGUAGUAAGGCCUUUUCUCAGAGCUCUGACCUCAUUAAACACCAGCGCACCCACACGGGAGAGCGGCCCUACAAGUGUCCCCGUUGUGGCAAGGCCUUCGCUGACAGCUCUUACCUGCUUCGCCACCAGCGCACCCACUCAGGCCAGAAGCCCUACAAGUGCCCCCACUGUGGCAAGGCCUUUGGCGACAGCUCCUACCUCUUGCGGCACCAGCGCACCCACAGCCAUGAGCGGCCCUAUAGCUGCCCUGAGUGUGGCAAGUGCUACAGCCAGAACUCAUCCCUGCGUAGCCACCAGAGAGUGCACACAGGGCAAAGGCCCUUUAGCUGCGGCAUCUGUGGCAAGAGUUUCUCCCAGCGCUCGGCACUUAUCCCCCAUGCCCGCAGCCAUGCCCGUGAGAAGCCCUUCAAGUGCCCUGAGUGCGGCAAGCGCUUUGGCCAGAGCUCGGUGCUGGCCAUCCAUGCCCGCACCCACCUGCCUGGCCGCACCUACAGCUGCCCCGACUGCGGCAAGACCUUCAACCGCUCCUCCACGCUGAUUCAGCACCAGCGCUCCCACACAGGCGAGCGGCCCUACAGGUGCGCUGUGUGUGGCAAGGGCUUCUGCCGCUCUUCAACGCUGCUGCAGCAUCACCGUGUCCACAGUGGUGAGCGGCCCUACAAGUGUGAUGACUGUGGAAAGGCCUUCUCACAGAGCUCCGACCUCAUCCGCCACCAGCGGACCCAUGCAGCCGGCCGGCGCUGACUAGGGACCCUGCCAGGGGUGGGGAGGUGGUGGGUAGAAGAGAAGGGGGCAAGGAGCUAGAGAAACAUUGAGAACGGUGAAAAAGCUGGAGAGAAUGGAGUUGCGGGUUCUAGGAUAAGGGGGCCAGGGUGGAGGAAGUUACAUGCCCUGGAGACUUAGGGGAAGUGGGCUAUGAAGAGGGGUUGGAGGGAGGCCAAAUAGGCAGCAAGAGGCUUUGGGAGAGAUCCAGAAAGAGGUCAGCAGAGAGCUGUCCUCAGCAGCAGCAUGCCCCUUGGUAGGUGCCUGCCUUGGCAGAGUGUUAGGAGCGGGUGGGGGGUGGGAGGGAUUGAAUUACUUAAUUAGAGUUGGGUAGAUUAGAUUGGUAGCUGCUGAGACCCUCCCUGAGUCAGGAAGUGGGUGAGAGGGUAGGUGGGGUGGGGAGUGGGGCCUGGGCCCCUGAGUUCAAUCCCCAGCCUCCCUGUCUUCCUUAGGCUUUGGGGCCCCUGAGUUUGAGUUCAAUAAAAACCUUCAUGUGGUAAAA